GCUUGAAAUUCGCAAGAUUGGCAGAGUUGUGAAGACUUCAAUAGGGAGCACUGAAAACUAGAGGACCGUCAUGUCCUCUGACCUGCUGGUGGAUCUUCAUGAUGAUCUGGGAGGAGACGACUCUCCUAGUGCUGCUCUGGACCAGCUCAAACUGGUACAGGACAAACAGUGGCCACCGGAUGACCCUUCCAGCCUGAGCAAAUCUGCUUCAGACAUUAAAAGUCUUGGUGACACAUCACAUCUGCCCUGGGACGACCCCUUUUAUGACAUCGCCAGACAUCAGAUUGUGGAGGUGGCAGGUGACGAUAACUUUGGCCGGAAGGUGAUUGUCUUUAAUGCUUGCCGUAUGCCACCUCAACAUCAGCUGGAUCAUCAUAAACUUCUCAUGUAUUUGAAGCAAACCCUUGAUAAGUAUGUGGAGAGUGAUUACACCCUCAUCUACUUCCAUCACGGUCUGACCAGUGAGAACAAGCCCUCACUCAGCUGGCUUCGGGAUGCCUAUCGGGAGUUCGACAGGAAGUAUAAGAAAAAUAUCAAGGCACUGUACAUCGUCCAUCCCACCAUGUUUAUCAGAACUAUCCUUAUUCUUUUCAAGCCCAUCAUCAGCUUUAAGUUUGGCCGGAAGAUAAAUUACAUCAACUAUUUGAGUGAGCUGGAAGAGAUUGUGAAGUGUGAUCAGCUGGUGAUCCCCAACAGAGUCCGAGAGUACGAUGAUAAGAUCCGUCUGUCUCUGAAGCCGUCUGUUGUUCCUGGACCAAUCUCUCCCCCUCGUAGUCCUCCUCUUCCUUUUCAGCAGUUUGGAGUCUCUCUGACAACAUUGAAACACAGGGCAGCAGACUCAGAGGGAAUUCCACUAGUCAUGCGUGACACUAUUGGAUUCCUGCUGGAGAAUGGUCUCCAGACAGAGGGAAUAUUCCGGCGUUCUGCUAAUGUUUCUUUGGUGAAGGAUGUUAAGGCAAAAUAUAACUCAGGAGAGGAAGUGAAUUUCUCUCAGCUGGAAGACGUUCACUUGGCAGCAGUGAUCUUGAAGAUGUUCCUCAGAGAACUGCCAGAGCCACUGCUCACUUAUCAGCUGUACAACGACAUUGUCAACUUCCACAAUGUUGACAUUGAGUCUCAGGCAGAAAGGAUUCAGAACAUGCUGAUGUCUCUUCCCGAUGAGAACUAUGCAUCACUGCGCUUCCUCGUACAGUUCCUUGCUCAGGUAUCUGCUGAGAGCGAAAUCAAUAAGAUGACCAAUGCCAACCUGGCCGUUGUGUUUGGGCCCAACUUGCUGUGGGCGCAGGAUGCUUCCAUGACCCUCAGCGCUAUCGGACCAAUCAACAACUUCACCCGCGUCCUGCUCGACCUUCAUCAGGACGUCUUCAUCCAGUGAGGAGCAGGAGAACGUUUUCACUCCGUUUUGCUACGGUGUCCCAUCCUUUGUGUCUCCCUCAGUAUUGCCAAAAGCAUGAGUAUUUUAACUGGGUGAAGCUACGCAAAAAAAA